CUGAACUGGAGUUGUGCAAUGGAGACGUUUUGGCAAUAAUUAAACUUCAAAAGAAUGAAACUAUAAGAUGUGAUGCAAAACUAUAUGAAACAAAAGUAAAACUUUAUGAGUUCGGGUUGUACCACGCAUAGACCACUUGGAAUUGUGUGGUUUCUGCUACAAGACGACGACUUUAUCUUUAGGACUCCAGCAGACGUAAACACAGACAUCUAGACCUAAACACAGACGUCUAGACCUAAGCAUGGCUGCUACGCUGCCCUCUACGCUGCCCUCUACACUGCCCUCUACGCUGCCCUCUACGCUGCCCUCUACGCUGCCCAGACCAGAAUGUCAUAUGGACAGGAGUGGGAGCUUCUUUAAGGACUCUGAUGGACUCACAGACUCAGACCAAAGCAUGUCUGCUUUGCUGCCCAGACCAGACUGUCAUAUGGACAGGAGAGGAAGCUUCUUUAAGCUGAUAGACACGUUUGCGACGGAGAUAGGGGAGCUGAAGCAAGAGAUGGUCCAGACCUCCCCAACAGAGGACAGAGACCCAUACCCUAUGGUUCUACAGGGGUUGGAGGGGGAGGUGAGCGGGGUUUACCUCCAGUCCUCGCCCUGCGCUGGCGCCAGUGGUGAAAGGGAUUCUGGGUACGACUCCCUGCGUAGGCGGAUGAGCGUCCUGGACAGACUGAGGCAUACGCACCCCGUGUGGCUACUGCUCACGCUCAGUGACAAGGAGGCCACCCGUAUACUGCUGCAGCAGCCUCCAGGGGUAUUCCUGGUGAGGAAGUCAUCCACUCUUCAGAGGAAAGUUCUCUCUCUAAGGGUCAGUGAUGAUGACGCCUCAGGAGGAGCCAGCGUCUGUGACUUCCCUGUCAGAGAGAGUCAGUACACCUUUUCUCUGGAAGGAUCUGGGAUCAGUUUUGCAGACCUGUUUCGCCUGGUGGCCUUCUACUGUAUCAGCAGGGAUGUCCUUCCCUUCACCCUGAAUCUCCCAGAAGCCAUUGCAGCCUCCAAGACUCAGAAGGACCUGGAGGAGGUGGCCCAACUAGGAGCAGGAUUCUGGCACUCUGCUCUAGGCAGCCUACGAAGGACAACCUCUCCCUCACGCUCUCCAUCACAGCUCCUUGACAGAGACCGUGACAACCAGGGUACAGAGAGGACACAAGAGAAACAGAGUGUGACUCGCCACAACAGCGUUCCUCCAGCUCGUACCCCUUCCUCCUCCUCCUCUCGCCUGGAGAGAAGCCAGUCCAACGGGGCGCUUUGCUUCAUCAACCCCCUCUUCCUCCAGACUAACCGGCGGCUUGAGGAAGACACACCAUCCUCUUCCUCCCCUCCUUCCCCCUACGUCACACACUCCACCCCCAGCCCGGGAACUACCGGUGGGACGUCUUCGGCCCCUGUCACGGACCCCAACGGAGAGACCCCCAAGGUGAACAGGACGUCACGCCCCCCUCGGCCCCCGCCCCCCCGCUCCCUCUCCCAGCGCCGCCGCCAAGCUCCCCCUCCCCCCACCCCUCUUCCCCAGAAGCCCAAGAGCAGCAUGCCCGAAACGCCCGCCGCCAUUGUUGUCGCCAGGCAACCACUGCAACCCUCAUCCAAUCAGAACCUUCGCCCCGCCCCUCGCCCUCCCAUGGGCACCCGGCACAGCAGUCCGUCCAAAAAGAAGACGAGCAGCACCCCCAUCCCCGUGCCCCACCAACACCCUCAUCACCCUCCUCCCCCACGCCCCAAAAAACCUGAUAUCGACGCCCACCGGUGCCACAUUGCUCUUGACGAUGAGACUAUCGCCAAGGCUCUGUCCCGCGCCAAGCUGCCCCCUUGCCAGGCACCGCCCAUACCCGCUCCCUCCAUAGUGGGAAAUGGUGCUGGUAGCCCCCCCAGCCCUCUGGGUAAGACCACCAGACAAGAGGGACGAGAGGGGAGGCUGAGCGACAUGUCCAUCUCCACCUCUUCCUCAGAUUCUCUGGACUACUCCCACCCUCCCCUCUCCCUCCCCGCCAGCCCCCCUCGCAGAGUACGCCAUCACCAUGGCAACAACGAGGACAGCAGCGACGACGAAGACCUCUGCGACGAAGAAGAGGAAGACUACGGCGUCAGCCUGGAGAACGACCUGGACCAGGGCCUCCGUCCUCCCUUCAAAGCCCGCCGGAGAGGGGUCGGAGUGGGGGUCAAAGUUGCGCUGAGCUUCCAAAAGGUUUCUGGAGUCUUCAGCACGUUCAUGACCCCAGAAAGGCGAGCCGUGAGGAGGAUAGCGGAGCUCUCCAGGGACAAGAGUUCCUACUUUGGAUGCCUGGUUCAGGAUUAUAUCAGUUUUGUACAGGAGAAUAAGGGGUGUCAUACGUCAGGCUUAGACCUGCUGCAGACCCUCAGACAGUUCAUGACCCAGAUGAAGGCCUACCUAACGCAGAGCUCCGAACUGGACCCGCCCAUCGAAUCACUCAUACCCGAGGAUCAGAUAGACACUGUCCUGGAGAAGGCCAUGCACAAAUGUGUGUUGAAACCGCUGAAGGGCGUAGUGGAGGUGGCCCUGCACGACUUCCAGGUGAGCAGUGGAGGCUGGCAGCAGCUGAGGGAGAACCUGGCCCUGGCUAAGACACGGAGGCCCCAGGACCUGGGUGUGGACGGGGCCGUGCCCCCUGACCCCAUAGCCAUCGAGAAGAUCCGCCACAAGUUCCAAAACAUGAGGAAGAUGUACUCCCCGGAUAAGAAGGUGUCGCUGCUGCUCCGAGUGUGUAAACUCAUUUACACCAUCAUGCAGGAUAACUCUGGGAGGAUGUACGGAGCAGAUGACUUCCUACCGAUGCUGACCUAUGUCCUGGCCCAGUGUGACAUGCCUCAGCUGGACACUGAGAUCCUCUACAUGAUGGAGCUGCUGGACCCCUCACUGCUGCAUGGAGAGGGUGGCUACUACCUGACCAGUGCGUACGGGGCCAUGGCUCUCAUCAAGAACUUCCAGGAGGAACAGGCAGCCAGGGUUCUCAGCUCCGAGGCCAGAGACACCCUGCACCAGUGGCACCGCCGACGCACCGCCCAGCGCAUGGCACCCUCCGUGGAUGACUUCCAGAACUACCUGCGAGUCGCCUUACAAGAAGUCAACAGCGGCUGCACAGCCAAAACCCUCCUAGUCCACCCGUACUCCACCACCGAAGAAGUAUGCUCGCUCUGCGCCUACAAGUUCAAAGUUCAUGACCCCGAGAACCACGACCUCUUUCUCAUUACUGAGGCAACCAGUCAGCAGCUUGCCCCGGACACACACCCCCAGCGAAUCAAAGCAGAGAUACACAGCCGCCCGAACUCGCAGCCCUUCCAUUUUGUCUACCGCAGAGUGCCCAACCUUAACCUGUGUAUACCAGCUAUCCCAGCUAACCAGCACAAUGGCAACUGCCUACUGCCUAGCCAACUGGAUGAAUGAAACUUUAUUGAAACUUAAAUUAAACUUUAUUGAUCCCUAGAGGGGACAUUGGAUUUGACACCAGCGUACAAACACAUACAGGGACAAUUCAGACUCAGAGCACAUAGACCUGAGAGAGCACCGUUGGCUGGUGGAACAAGUACAAUACCUGAAUGGUGAGACUGAGGAUGUCCUAAUAUGGACACCGCGCACAUAUCCAUAGAAUGAUAGUGAAUGGCGUACAUGGAAAAAAUGCACUGUAUGUUUAAACUAUAGGGUCAUAGUCUGAUGUUGAUUCUACACUAGUCUGUAGUAGAAGAGAGGUUUAGCAUUAGCUGAGCUCUGUUGCUGACAUCUUGUGUGUUGUGAAGGGAUCCAAGACUACUCAAUGGAAAAGUAGUUCCUAUUCUUCUAAAAGGAAACACAAAGAGGAAGCAGGUGUGGAGAGAAGUGUCUGGUGUCUGCAUGCAUUUCACUCUCUUUUUAGGGAUACGGCACGUGAGCGUCAGGAGUUGGUUGGUCAAGAAACACCCUUGUACAGGCUCUUUUGUGAGGUCAUCGGACCAGGAAGUUCUCUUACAUCACAUCCUGACUGUCUGUUUUCGUUACAAGGACAAAUGGACAUGCAUGCUCCUCUUGCAGAAGUCAGUGUAUCUGACUGUCUUCUUCUAACACUGGGACCUGGUUAGAGAACGCAGAGCUUCUGCUCCUUUCCAGUGCUUGACUUGGUCAGGAGCUCAACGGAGCUGAGUACCAGUACCUCAAAUGUUCUGCUGCUUGAGCUCCUGUUCCUCUUAUAGAAUAUUAGCUCAACAGUAUUGUGGAGCUUCUGCACCUGAAUUUUAACAGUACCGGCACCCAAAAUCAAGUCAAGCGCUGCUCCUUUCUGUCUAUGUCAACACAUAGAAUGGGAUGACCUGACUGUGUGAUCUCACAGUUGUCUUUUACAUUACUUCUGGUGCUCGAUUCAAUCUGUAUCGCCGAAAUUCAGCGGCAGGUUGAUGUUUAUUGUCAUAAAUCUUGCUGAAUCUUGCUGGAUGCAGCACUGGGUGAUUUCUGCCAGAUGGGACAGCUGCAAAGCCAAGAUUGUCUAUAUCGUAAAAAUCCAUGUAAACAAAAUGUAGCUUUUUGGUCUUCAUUUAAGGUUAGGGUUAGGCAUUCGGGUUAGCAGUGUGUUUAAGGUUAGAG